GAGAAAUCCAGCAGGGAUGGUGGGAGACCCUCAUAAUGGGCCCACCAGGUGUACAGACCUGGGAACCCACCACAGGGAUGGUGGGAACCCCACAUAAUGGGCACAGUGGAUGUACAGACCCGGGAACUCAGCACAGGGAUAAUGGGAACCCCUCAUAAUGGGCACAGCAGGUGUACAGACCUGGGAACUCAGCACAGGGAUGGUGGGAACCCCUCAUAAUGGACACAGCAGGUAUACAGACCUGGGAACUCAGCACAGAGAUGGUGAGAACUCGUUAUAA